UGUACACAAUCGAAGCAUGGAUCCGAUCAACAAUGGUGAGGAGGAAACAAGGAAGAAAGAGAUAUCGAGAUGCUCCAUAGACGUCCACAAAGUAGCCCCACCGCCACAGAGAAGCAGCUUAGAGAAGUUGAAGUCCAGGCUGAAGGAAACAUUCUUCCCUGACGACCCUCUGAGGCAGUUCAAAGGCCAGCCUUCUGCUAUGAACGGAACAACAACAAGAACGAGGUUAUCGAAUCUGGAACUGAGUCGCGGAUUAGGUCGCUCUCUUUAAGACGUUCGCGAUACUACCCUCGAUGCGCACGGCAGACUAUCAACCGGUCGUCUCAAGGAUAAAAUAGCUCCUCUCAAUACUCAGGGUUUUGUGCGAAAACCCGAGUUCUCUGAUCACUCUCUCUAUUGUGUUUAUGCUCGUUGUGGUGUGUUUAGAGGGCUGGGGAGGCGGCUAUUUAUAGGAGCCGAACCCCUAGGAAUAUACCCUCUUGCUUGGGGAAUAAGUCGGAUUAAUUAAG